CAUGAAGGGAGUGUGGGGAGCCGGUCGACUCGAGUCGUACGUCAUCACUGUGCGACAGCUUGUCAUUGCAGAGCGAGAUGGCUGCGCAGUCUGAACCCACGACAGGAACAGACGCAGAACUGGAUGAAUUAUUGGACAGUGCACUGGAUGACUUUGAGAAGACCAAUGUUCCUCGUGCUCCCCCUGAAGCCCCCAGUGCAGAAGCGAAUGCAGGGCAGAAGCCACCUCUGCUGGAGGACAGUCAGUUUUUUGAGUCUCUGUUUGAAGGAGAGAUGGCUCAGCAGGCGAAGGAGGAGUGGGAGAGAGCGAUGACUGAGCUUGCGCAGGAGGAACCUGAGCUGAUCCAGCAGUUCCACAAACUCUCUGAGGUCGCAGGGAAAGUGGGUACUGAUGCAGCGUCACAGCAAGAGUUCGCUUCCUGCCUCAAAGACACGCUGAGCGGUUUGGCCAAAAAUGCAGAUAAUCUGCAGGCCACCGGGCUGGCUGAAGAGGAUCUGGCUAAAACAUUAGAAGGGCUGGGAUUGGAUGAGAAUAGUGAAGCGGACGGAGAAGACGGGAAUAUUCUCCCCAUCAUGCAGUCCAUCAUGAAAAACCUUCUGUCCAAAGAUGUGCUGUAUCCAUCACUCAAAGAGAUCACAGAGAAGUACCCUGAGUGGUUGGACAGUAACAGACAGUCUCUCUCAGCCGAGGACGUCCAGCGGUACGAGCAGCAGCACAGGAUCAUGGGAGAAAUCUGCAGCCAGUUUGAGGGAGACGGAGACACACACAGCAACUUUGAAAACAUUCUGGAGCUGAUGCAGAAGCUGCAGGAUUUGGGUCACCCCCCGAAGGAACUAGCUGGAGAAGCGCCCCCUGGUCUGAACUUUGACCCAGAGUCUCUUCAUCUUCCUGGAGUAGCGGGGGCAGAGCAGUGCUCCAUCAUGUGACCACAGAGAUGAUUAUAAUGUUGAGUGUGUGAGUGUGUGUGUGUGUAUGAGUGUGUACAGACUAAUAAUAAACAAAAUGCUGCCUUUAAUGACACAGAAUAAUACAUAAUUCACUUCACAUCGGACUAAUUGUAGCUGAACUGAUGUUGGGUGAUUUAAUCCAGGACCUUAAUGCAGGUCAAAUCUGUUAUUUUAUGCUAAUCAGAGCAGCUUGUGGUGAUGAGUUGUGCUAUAAGCUCCGCCCCUUACCUGAAGCAAGUACACCUGUAAUGAACUUCAGAGUAAAAUCUGAUCAUUUUUCCAUUUAACGGUUUUCUCUUCAUCAUUUUAGUGUGUGAGUGGGUUUGUGUGUGUGUGAGUGCAUGUGUGUGAGUGUGUUUGAGUGUGAGUGGGUUUGUGUGUGAGUUGUUUGUGAGAGUGAGUGAGUGAGUGAGUGUGUUUGGGUGUGUGUGAUUGUGUGUGUGAGAGUGAGUGUGUUUGGGUGUGUGUGAUUGUGUGUGUGUGUGAGUGGGUUUGUGUGUGUGUGUGAGUGGGUUUGUGUGUGUGAGUUGGGGUGUUUGUGUGAGUGUGUGUGUGAGUGGGUUUUGUGUGUGUGUGUGUGUGUUUGUGUGUGUGAGUUGGGGUGUUUGUGUGUGUGUGUGUGUGUGAGUGAGUGUGUUUGGGUGUGUGUGUGUGUGUGUGUGUGUGAGUGAGGAACAGAGAGAUUCUAUUCCUGUAAAUGUUAAUAAAAAGUGAUUUAUUGCUGUGUAAUGUUUGGCUUUAUUAAAGUUAGUGUGUGUAACCCC